CUCGAACAGAAUUUCGUGUAUUAUGGUCGUCGUGAUGAAAAUAAGUUUACUUUAGUUUAGUUUCCGGAAUCUUCGCCGCCUCAAGAUUGAAAGUCCAACUGCAGCUACUCGUUUAUCUUCAUUUGUUUGGAAAAAGAGCUCGCUUCGUCAGACGUUAUUUGUGGGAUAAAGUGCUAUGUGAUCGUUUACCAGCAGUGGGGGUGCGAUUGGGAAUGAAAGCGAACCACGUCAGGAGGAUCUCGUCGUCGAGAAAUAUGGGCAGAAGUCUUCCACUAGAAAAAAUGGACACAGGAAAAUAUUUGUGAUUGCAGCUAGUAUUUGUAUUGCCUGCAGCUAGUAGACCCCAUAGUAUUAAUUCAUUACUUCUCCCCGCACAUCCACCACCCUCGUUGCACGUCUAGUUCGUACACCUGAUGCACUACCAUCGUGGUUUGUUUUUGCCCACUGUCGACGUCUGGAAAAAUUCUUGGAAGCACGAAAUAUUAAACAUGAACCGAAAUAAAAAACGCGCAGAAGAAUAGAAGAAAUAGGUGUCCGGUGCUCUACAAUAAAUGCUGUGAAUAAGUAAUGUGGUCUCCGCAUGAGAACUAAACUUCUAGCUCGAACAAAAGAAAGAAUUAUGGCACCCUCUUCAGCAGCUCCCUUUGCGGUGGCUGCAUUCGUAGAACCAGCUCGGACAGUAUCCUUGAGCUGAAGUUCCACAACUUAAAGAGACAACACGAUUAUAGUCGUCUCCCCGAGCAUCCCGCCGCGGCAGGAGGGUUGUACUACGACAGUCUCCACUUCUUCUUCUAGUUGCUUGUGAUCACAAUACCCCACUGCCCACCAUGAGCGACGACAAGAAGCAGCUCGUGGCGCUGUACAACUUCGAUCCCACGAAGAUCGACUGGCCCUUCAAGCGGCAGAAGCCGCUGCCGCUCGUCACCGGUCAGACCAUUAAGGUUAUGUACGAUGACGGCUCCGACUGGCUCCUCGGAAUGCUGGUCUCGGACCCCACGCAAAAGGGGUAUAGGAGGAUUUUUUUCAACUUUUUGUUUUUUCAUUUCCUCGAUGUAUCAUAGUCAUGCUUGUUUCCGUGUCGCAACAUAAACAUUUUUCUUUUGAGGUAUUUUCCGAAAAACUACACGGUUACGUUGCACGAGUACUACGAGUUGAUGAAGGAGUACGCGGAUGGCAGCGACGAUGGUGCCAGUGACGACAGUGGUGUGUUGAAGCCGGAGCCGGAACGACUCCCGGCGCCCUCGCAGCCGGUGGACAACUUCACCGAGUUUAUGCGCCGCGAGAAGGGCGAGGUCGAAGACGACGAAGAGGACACGGAUGAGGAACCACCAGGUAAAUGAAAGAACUAACUUCUUCUACAACUCGCGCCAAUCUCGGUUUUCCUGUCGAGUUUCAUUAUCAUGAAAUGUUUCUUGUCCUUGUGCAUCUCGCAGCCUACCAUGCUUGCUGACAUCGGUUUCUCAAACCAGUCGAUACUCUUGCUACUUCUAAAUAUAACAAUCAAACAGAGGAGACUAAGGAUGCGAUUAAGAAGCAUCCCGCGUUGAGCACACAGCCGCCCAUUUCAACGACGUUGUCGGACCAGAAAGUCAAACUUUUGAAGGACAUGCCAAAAUUUGACGACAACCAGGAGGCCUCGCUGGAUCCAAUAAGACCCGAGAUCGGAGGUAUGAUUUUUUUUUAUUUGCCGCUUGUUGCGGGAGCGAAACCGAGGAAAGCAUCGGAACAAAUUUUUGUUCUUUUGCAAUGAUGAGUAGUUGUGAUGUUCUUGAUGCGCUACCACUAUCUCUAUCGACGAGUCGCGUCUGUGCAUGAUGGUGGUUCUUGCGAUGAAGAUGAUUAGCUCGUUUUUCCUACAACUCUCAGGUCUCGCCGGUUCUCUGGCGGCCAUCGCUGAGGGCGCCGUUUUGAACACCGCGAAGGCGGACCAGGAUGCCACCCAACGACGGUUGUUGGAAGACGGUGGGAGGAUAAGCGACACCCGCGCCUCUACCCCGGCAACCUACACGAGCAUCCGGCCGCCCCGGGAUUUCGUCCGCAAACACAUGGACGUGGACAUGCAGCAAACGUAUUUGCGUCGGGUCACGCCGUUGGACGAACUGAUUAAGAAAAAGGGGCUGCAGGAUUUUCAUCCACAGGUAUGAAAAAGUACGCAUGUUUUAAUUCAUGUAUGGAGAUCAACACGUGACGUUGUUCAGUUUCAGUAUCAGUUGUAUAGAAUGCUGAUCUGGAGGUGAGAACGUAUUUUUUUAAAAACACAAAUCGGAAUAAAAAGCACCAUCAACGAACUUUGUCUUUGACUUUCAUGUUAAAAUCCUAUCACCAGAUUAACCGCCCGGUCCCCUACGAAGCGGACUUGCGGGUGCGGGCGACGACGUGCCGCAUUGCCGCGGGUAUCGAACCGCCGCACAUGCGUAUCGCCUUGGAGAAGGCCCGGACCGCGGGCGCGCGGUGGACGCAGAUGUUCCGCCCGGGUCUGAACGACAUGGUGAACGAAACGGUGAAGAUGGGCGCGGACGCGAGUAUUUUGUCGAACUUGUACAUGUACGACUACGAGGCGAGGGAGCAGUUCAUGAAGCAGCACAUCCGGGACGUGAAGGGCGUGUUGUGGUUCGAACUGCAGAGGAGGAAGCAGCACUUGUUCUACAUGCGCAUGGACUUCGUCGAUCUCAUGAUGUUUCACCCCGACGCCUGGGGUUUCCCGGAUGCGCUGCAACAGGUACUAGACGGGGAAGGGAUUUUUGUGCGGUAGUGCAACAAUUGGUUUUACAUACAAUUUGCAUGCUGCGCAUCACAAAUUCAAUCGACUACUUCCCUAAACAAGGUUUCCGGUGGUGAGGCGACGGAUCCUCUGCAUGGUUGGUACGCCCAACGCGCACUGGACAACGACCAGGAGAUGGAGGAAGCGAUUUUCUCAUACAAGGUGCGCCAGAGAAAACUUCCGUCGCACGCCUUCCAGGCCUUGGCUCUCGGUAGGAAAUAUGAAAACGUUGGCUCAUAUUUGUUUUCAUCGGUAAUCAAUCGUUGUAAUUUUUAUAGGCUGUUUUUGAAUUUUUUGAAAUCAACAACAUCGGAGGACGAUCAUCGGAGGAGUACCAGAAUUGAAUCUCCAUACGUGGCAACGCGACAAGGAAAUUUCAAACGAAAUAAUCUGUCAGGUAAAAUGCCGGAGUGGGUGAUGGAAGCGGGUGAGAUUACCGCGGAAGUGCAACAAAUCGAGGACAUCGACGCUAUUCUUGGAGAACCAGGUGCCGCUGAUGAGGCGACGGAGGAGGAAGAGGAUAGAGUUUCCAAUGCCACCGAACCAACGCCGGAAGUUGAUCUACCAGAUGGCAUGCUGCCGGAAGAGCGCGCCGCCGCAGAAGAAGCUGCUGCGAAAAGAGGAAGCAAAAAAGUAGAAUGAUUUAUUUUUAUUUUCGAGUCAGCGGAUUGAAUUUCAAUUUUUUUUUUCCUAACAAAUUAUACUAAAACAGCAUGGUAGGGACGACGUGUCGUCCACCUUUCGCAGCAUUCACGCAAAGUUGUAUUUUUUUGAUGAAAGUCUUGCAUCAAAAGUCGGUUUGUCCAGCGGCGCGAUGGAGUUUUUUUUUUGUCAAAAAAUAAAAGUCAUGUACUAUCAGGUGAAGCAACCGACAAAAGGGCAGCAGCUUACGACGCAGCAAAUGUUGGAAGCCGGUCUUGGAGAUGAGGAAGACGUGUACCUGAAGGUGAACGAUUUGAAAUUCGUGAAGCAGCGCACCAUUGGUCCGGAUGUGUUGGACGUGGUGAUGCGCAGCUACAAGUUGAAAGGCACAAACGCCAUGCGGUUGAUGCUGCGAUCUCGCGGCAGCCCGGACAAAACGAGCUCCUCGUUGCCGGUGUCGCCGAAACAAAUCAAGGAUCUUGCCACGCAGUUGGGGAUUCUCGGAAACUACCACUUCUAUUGGUAUGGAUGCAAAAAAAAUUUUUUUUUUUCCUUUAUUUUCCAUGUGCAUGACAGCAUCGGGGGUAACAAGUUUAUGCAGGACGGUUUUAUGAGCUAAUCCUAAUUUAGUGAAGCAACCUGAAAAUUAAACGAGAGAGCGCUGCUGGAUCACAAGUUCUUUUCUUUUUCUGCCACUAGCAUUGAAUAAGAAUUUUUACAUGAUCUCAAAAUAAUCCUCCAGGUACUGUUACUUUGCGCUCCGCUACCCGCUUCCGCCGCACUGGGACUUGAUUGUGAAGAACGAUGUUCGGUGGUACAUCAAUUUGGAAACCGAGCACAUUCAGCCGAUCCACCCCAUGGUGGACCAGUUCCGCGAGCACUUGUUAUGAAAGUGCACAACUCCCCCACCUCCUUCUCAUUUGUCGUGCGAAAUACUAAAUCCAUCCGUGGCCUCUUCGUACUGCUUGCAUGACAAAUUUCGGAAUUCCAAGCCGCACUAGAAUCGGUCGUCAUUUUGUCAUGCAAAAGCUGCAUCUAUGCCCGAGCUUGUGUUGCCAUCUAAAUGAGGAGGGGGGGGAGUUGUGCACGCUCACACCUGUCCGACUGCAUCCAGAACGACUUUCUGUGGGACUACCGAGGGUUCGUGAAGAUAAAGUGCAGCGAGUGCGGGAUUCCGGACAGCAUCGUCUGGUGCCAGCAGUGCACGGACUACUACUGCAUCAUGUGCUUCCAGAAGUUGCACAAGUCGAAGCGCGGCCGCAAGCACUGGGUGCAGCCGCUCCCGGGCUGCCGGUACUUGACCGCCUCGGAGGUGCAAAUCAUGAAGGACUACGUGCCGAUGCUGAAUGUCGGGUUCACGAACCGGCGAAGGUUUCUUGCCCGGGACAACCAGUCCGACAAAACGGGUUACGAGGGCGGCGACAAGUGGCUGUACUUCACGAAGGACACGUUUGAGCAGGCGUUAGCGAUUACACCCGCGAAGCACUGGUUCCUGCAGCGGUUGAACCCGCCGCGGUUGAGCUCGACCAGUGAAGGAUACUACUACAAUUUCAAGGUAAAAGUAGAGAGAUAAUUUUUGCUUGUAUGUCUCGUCUACUUGUUUCUGCUUAGUGGCAACUAAUGAUAAUUUUUCAUGACCAUGCAGCAGACCCUCAACAGCAAAAUGAAACUUGAUUUGAUUUUCAUCUUCACGAAAUAUUCUCUAUCAGGAAGAAAUCGUAUGCGACGACCCGGGGCACAUUAUCCAGAAGGCCAAGGAGCAGAAAGCGCUUUUGUCUAUCCAGAAGUUCUGCCGCGGUGCGCUCGCCCGCGCGCAGGUCCGCCGGGAAACCGCCGCGGUGAUCGUGAUCCAGAAGUACAAGCGCAUGUGGGAUUGCCAGAAAAUCUUCGGUAAACACGGUUCGAACGCGAUCAUUCUUCGCGGCUGGUACCGCAAGUUCAAAGCGCACCAGGAGAAGGAACUGAUGCACAAGCGGGCGUCGCAAAUCCAGGCCUUGUUCCGCGGAAAGAUCGUGCGCAUCUCGAUCCAGGACCGAAACUUGGCUGCGACGAAGCUGCAGUCCGCGUUCCGGGGGAGCGUCUGCAGAGUGCAUGUGAAGAGAUUUCACAAAGCCGCGGACGUGCUGCAGAGGGCGUUUAGAAUGUAAUUAAAUUACCAUGUUUUUUUGAAUGUUUUGUGUUUGAACUACAUGCACUUGAUAAAUUCAAGGAUACCUCUCCCUACGAACUAUGACUAUCUCUUGCGCACCAUGCGACCACAGAGCGCUGUGAUGCCAAAAUCCUAAACCCCCACCCCAGGUACCUCUACGGGAAGAAGCCGGUCCGGGUGAUGAACCAGGCCGCCGCGCGGCUGCAGGCCAUGUCCCGCGGCACCCUGACCCGCAUGCGCCACAAAAACCUCGUGCACCACACGACCUUGGCGCAGGCGCGGAUGCGCGGGUACCUCGGCCGGAAACUGAUGAACCACAAGCAGAAGAUGGCCACGAAGAUCCAGUCGCACUGGCGACGGUGGCAGGCCCAGCUGGCCAUGAAGAUGCAUUUGUACAGUCGGUUGGACGAGAUCUACGGCGUCCGCAAGCAGGUGAUGAAGGAAAAGUUGUCCGACCUCGCCGCCACCAUGAUCCAGCGGAACUUCCGCAAGCACAAGGGUUACGAGUACUUCGUCAACGAGAAGCGGGACAAGGCGGAAGCGGACAAGAGAAUCUCGACCGUCCUCGUGUCCGCCCUGCUCGGGGCAAGCAACGUGCGGUAUUUCGUCCAUCCCUGGUUCCGGCACUUGCCCCCGGAAAUCCAGGAGGUGCUGGAGCAGAUCAAGGCGUCGUUGCAGAGAACUUUAGGCUUGACCCGGGUCACCGGGAAGCUUGCCAACGAGGAGAUCGGGACCCGGUCGAAGCGCUGCAGCGCGAAGGACUUAACGUUAGACGAGUCGGAGAACGACCUGGGGACGCACAUGCUGGUCACGAUUGUGCACCAUUUAUUGUCCCACAUCGACAACGACGUGUUCUCCAACACGGUGAAGUGGUGCUGCUACAACCUGGCGCACUUGUCCACGUCGUUUUUGAAGUGCCCGGCCUACCCCUUCGAAGAGAUCACGUUGGGGAAGCAGCCGGACAUGCCGGUCCCGCCGCGACCCGGUGAGCCGUUGGAAUCGAUGUCGCAGGACUACUGCCACAUCAACCACCACCACGACCGGAUGAUGACGGCCACGCCGGAAAACUUCUACGUCUUGUUUCUCGCGAACAUGUAUGAAAUGUAAAAAUGUCUGGGUCUGGACGGUCGCAACUUGUGAUGCUGCAUUUGGAUUCCAAAAAAAAUUGUAUUGCAUGAGUAGCAAAGGGAAUGUAAUUCUUGCUACGCGGAUAGGGCAUUUGUCAUGCGACAUAGGCAUCAAGAACCCCUCGAAAAAUCUGUGAUGCUACGGCAUGUAUCACAGACAUCAUGGCUCAUGCAAAACGUGCAUGACAAGUCUCAGAAUCUGCCAGACCCAGACAUUUUUACACUUGAUAACAUGCCCCCGCAUUUGCGACAUGUGUACUUAACCGCCCAGAUUUUGAUCACCACGAGGCAGGCGCUGGAUUUGUCCAGCUUGUCCACCGACGAUCACUUCGCGUUCCAGGGCGUGGACGCCACCGUCGGGUCGCAGAUCAUGGACGUUUUGUCGAAAGAGAUGGGUCUGCGGUACCCGUCUGAAUGGCCGAAAGCGCACGGGACGGUGUACAGUCUGGCAACGCAGGUUGGGAAAUUCAUCACGACCUUGCCCGGUUUGGAAGCCGACAAGGACGGCAAGCCGUCGAAACUCGCGGACCCGAAGCAGAACCCGCUGCUGUCCCGCCACGCCUCGGUCGUGAUGGGCCCGGAGUACAAGGGCGGGAGACUCAGUUUCUUCAACCGCCCGGCGUGUCUGCGUAUCGUGCAGCAGCUGUCGUAUCUGAUGCGGGACCAGGAAGGGAUUAUUCGGUACAUCCGCAGGAAGAAGGACGCCGAGAAGGAAAAGCAAGACGGCGGCGAGGGGAACGUCCGGCAGAGCCGGUUCAUCGCGGUGAUUGACAAGUUGUUCGACCUGGCUUACAAGGCGAAGCACGACCACUGCCCGUUCGUCUUAGCCGUUGUGUUAUUCCACAUGCUGUGCCGCGGGUUGAUGGUGAGGACGUACUACCACCGGGCUAGUGUGCAACUCCAAAGCAAAUACCGGUACUACAAGGCGACGACGCAGCGGAGGAAGCAGUUGGGCCCGGCUUUACUUCUCCAGAGGUACUGGCGGGGGGUGAAGACCUCGAUGAAGACCUACAACAUGCUGAAUGCGGUCGAAUUGGUCCAGCACAACGUGCGCGCGGUGCAGCGAAAGCGAAAGAAUCAUUCCUUUACCCUCGCGGUCGCGAAGAUCCAGCGGUUGUGGCGCGGGGCGGUGAUGCGCAAGUGGUUUCGCAAGAUGAACCACGCGGCCAUCACGAUUCAGAAGAACGUGUAUCCUGAGCAAAUAACGUAUCGUACUAGUAGAAAUUGCGCUUUUUUCAUCAGCAUUAAUUUGUAAUGCGGAUGUGGCUUAAGCUUAACAAGAACCAACGAGAUUUGUCAUGGACGAUUGGGAUUACUACUAGUACCAGUACGAUACUUUUGCAAUGCAUAACGUGCGGCGGUUGCUGAUCUUAGUGGUCUUCAACAAGGAAGGCCGACGGCUUGCGGCGAAAUUCAAGCAGGAGUCCCACGCACUGUGCGAGAAGGCAGGGAGAAUGACGGAGUCGGAAUUUCUCGCGCGGAAAGCAGCGCUGGUCGCAAAGUCCAGAGUCCAACUCCACAAGCACCGAGAAAGGAACAUCGACUACCGCCGCAUGGUUGCGGUCCACGGGCAGUCGAAGCACGCGCGCGCGAAGAAGAAGGACAACCGCGAGAACAUGAAGGGCACGAUCCAGCCGGUCCGGCUGUGCUUCUCCGAGCCGCUCACGUUCGCAAUCGCGCGCGGGAAGCGCGGGAUGCGGGAGCAGGAGAUGCUGGCGGGCAAGCUCGCGGUCGGCACCGGGGACAGCGACCAGAUGCCGUCGGGCUUCACGAAGACCGCGAUCAUGACGCUGACCGAAAACGCGAAGCGCUCUUUGGAGAAGACCAUGCCGCCCAGCACCAGUCACAUGAAGAUCCACCCGCUGAAGCGUCGCGGGUCGCAGAUCAAGCACGUGUUGCGGGUGGGGAAAAGGCCGCAGGCCCCGACGGUGGCAGAGUCGAAGCUGAUCGACGAGGACUUUCUCAGCAACUGGGAAACCAAGCAGUUCCGCACGUCGAUUCCGUGGAUUCCGAAGUCCGUCGGUCUGCGACUGGUCCAACCACACCAGAAGAACAACUUGCGGGCGACCUAUUUCAUGGCCUCGGCGUUCUUAGGUACUUCCAACUUUAUGUAAGUAUGAUUUGCACGUGUAAUUGGAACUACAGAGUGAAAUCUUUAUCUUAGGCUAAGAUAAAGAUUUCAAUUCAAAGACAAACACAAUCUGACAUACUGCAUUCAAUUUUCCAAUUCACCCAAAUCAACAGGCGGUCUGCUUUCGCGGGCGGAUGACAAGCGACCAGCCCCGUGGUUCCACCGCCUGAAAUUACCCAAGCCGCAGGAGCUCCCGGCCGAUGUGCAGGAGCACAUGGCCGCUGCCGCAAAGAUUAUUUGCACCAAGAUCAACCAGGACGUCACUACGCUGAAUACCAAGAACCUCUCUCCGUGGAGAAAGGCGCUGAUGUCGGUCGUGAUGAUCUGGAAGUCCCUGUUCGCCUACGCGGGCGCCAGAACGGUGAAGCCUGCGAAAGCGACGCCGGUGCUCCUUAUGAGCAGCAACGAGUCCAUGUUCACGUGUGUGUCGUUCUGGUUGUCCAGGUUGUGGAUUGAGACGCUAAAUCAGUUCACCACCCGAGAAAACCGGUACCGCGGAAUCAAGUCGCGACCGAAGUGGGACGUGUUGGAGACGCUCGAAUACCGGUGCGUCGGCGAGAAGUUCGGCUUCGCGGUGAACGACCCGGCGAGGGAUAAAGUGCAGCCCGCGACGGCUUCCGCGAACAGCGUGAAGGCGGCGAACCUGCAGGACUUUUUGGAGGAGGUGCUGGCUUUGCGAUUUGCCUCCGAAAUGCUGAUGGAGUCCAACCGGGAUGCGGAGGAACACAUGGACCACUUCAUGAAGCGCAAGGAAAAGGCAAAGAAAGUCAGGAAAGUCGGUGCGGACAAGAACAAGGCGGCUGCCGCGGUAACGGGGGUAGAUGCCAACAGACAGGCACUGGACAGCUUCACGGGGUCUUCCUGGACGGAAGAUGCGGAGGUAGAAGAUAGUUGGGUUUUGCGGCAGCGCGACUGUUUUUUACGGCCAUUUCUAGAUUGAAAAAAUAAAAAAAUCUGACAACAUUACAUUGUGAUUUUUGCCAUACAGAGACAUGAUCCCAAACUCCUCCUCAGGUCCGCUCGAUUUCCAAGCACAUUUCUCUCCUCCUCGGUGCGCUCGAGGGCACGGAUGCCCACCUCCAGGGUUACACCGUCGUCUCCCAAUUGGUCCUCGCGUGCUUCCGCGGGCUGCAGCCCAUGUUCGAGGCCAACGCGAUCAAGGCGGUCAACGAGAUCAACGUGCGACACAUCCAGCAGUGCCAGAUCCCAAUCCCGAAGCCAGAGCACCCGGACGACGGACUGAACACGCACAAUUUUGCGUUGAUGUCGCAGUCCUACGAGAAGACCGACCCGGAGAAGGCACAGCAGAUCCUCAACGCCGCGCCAACGGCUAUUCUCGCGCUGGUCUGCAAGCUGCAGGCGAACUUCAAGGGUUUUAUGCUCCGCGCGCGGUACUCACACCGCGUGAAAGUUAUCUGCGGGUACUGCAAGGAGAUCGACUGGCCGCGGGCGCUCGGCGACGAGCCGGAUGAGGACGAAGACGAGCUGACGGCCUUGACCAGGAAAGCGAACAAGAAGCUACGCAGUUGACAUCAAAAGUGUCGUACUAGUAGUCAUUGCGAUGCUGCAUGACACAUCUGCUUUCUUACCCAACUCCGCAUGAGAAAUUUCAUACUUUCUUCCUAAAAAAUUGUUUGGCAUGCGAAUUGUACUUCUAAGACGAUGCUUUUGCAAUGCAUAGAGGAAGGACUCCGGCAAAACCCUCGACGAAAAGAUUGCCACCUACCAGCCGGUCGUGUCCCAGUACCUCGGUGGCCAGGGCCUGGAGGCGGAGAAGAAGCAGAAGGAGCUGAAGCGGCCGGGCGCGUUGUCCAAGCAGGAACAAGUCGGUAUGCCGGAAAGGGGGGAAAAAGGCGCGAUCCCGGUCGAGACGCUGCAGGACUUGCCGCAGGUGAGGAUUACCGCGGAUCACCGGGCGUGCGCGGAUUUAUACGCGCUCUACGUGUACAACAUGUACCGGCGACGGGAGAUGGCGAAGAUCUGGAAGGCGCUGUCCUUCGCAUACGACACGGUGGUGAGGAAUUUCGUUUCCUUAUUGGAGAAGAACGCCUCUUUGAAACCCAUGGUCGAAUCCGUGUCCGCGCAGCUCAAGCGCGGCCGCGCCAUCGGGUUCUCCAAGGCCUACGUCCCGAAGUCCGAAGCCGCGGGCGCGGGCGGCGACGCGACUGGUGCGCCGGGCCGGAUCAAACCGGUCGAAACGGAGCUGUUCCACAGAAAACCCACCGCGGGUUCCACAUCCACCUCCCAGGCCCCGGGCUCCCGCCAGUCCGGCGUCGGCCUGUCCGCGGCCGCGCAGCGCGCCGGCGGGCAGCUUGAUGCGGAUGACCAGGACAUGUCGCCGACAGCCAGGAGGCAGGCGUCGGAAGCGGCGCUAGAGCCGGAACGACCGGAGUCGAAGUCGCAGGAGGAGGAGCAGCAGAUGGAGAGACCACCGGAUCCAAACGCCAUUCAGCUCUCCGGAGACUACCUGACAAGGUACUUGGAAGAAACAAACGGUAUGCAUUGCAAAUAAGUCUGGGUCUGGAAAAAUAAACUUGUGAUGGUGCAAGUCCGUGAACAGUAUAGUGCUCUGUAAAAAUGCACCGCCAAGCAUGACAAGUUUUUUCGUGCUUCUGUGCUGCGUAUUUCGCAUGAGAGACUGCGCUUUUGCAUGACAGGCAAGAGGGCCUCUUGGUGGCCACGCAAUACAGACUGCAGAGUCAUGCCAGACUAGCAUGACAAAUCUUGCAAUCUUCCAGACCCAGACCACACAUUUGCAUUUGAUAAACGGCGACGACUCGCAGUUUAAAGACAUCGAGCCGGCGGUGAUUCCCUUCUCCACGGGAACCUCGCCGAGGCGACUAUCGCAAGAAAAAACUGUUCCACUGUGAACUUGUGAUGCAGACAAUGGAACACAGAACUUAACUAUUUGCCUUGCUACACCUCCCUGCAAGCCGUUGGAUUUUUAAGCGUAUUUUCCCUUGGGAAACGCGCGCGGCAAAUUUUCUGUGUCAUGUGUAACAAACUUGUGAUGCGGUUCCUCUUCCUGCGAAAUCAUCACAGUGAAACGGUUUUUUCGUGGGAUAACGAGAACGACCCGACGAAUACCUGUUUCGCGAGGACUACAUGCAGAAGAAGGCCGAAGAGGAGAUGGCAGCCGCGGGCGACGACCCGGCCGCGCAGGCGGCGGUCGCGACGAAACUGAAGCAGGACGCGGCGGACAAGCCGUACGAAAAGGUCCCGACCCCGAACGUGACGGUGGACUGGUGCAAGGGAAAGCUGAAGCCCAUGUGGCUGCCGAUCAAGGCCCACCGGUUCACGGCGUGCCGCUCGAAGGUGUUGCAGUUGCUGCCCGCGAAGCAACUCGAGCAGUACAUCGAGCACGAGAAGCAGUGUCACUACGCCGCUUGCAUCAAGUUGUUGGAAACGUGCGUCCCGGGCAACCUGAACGUCUUCCAGCCCUCGCAGCUGGUCGCAAACCGGCCUCUGCUGAUCGAGACGAUCUUCCAACUCCUCGUCGGUUACAUCGGUUUGUGUUUGAAGAACAGCGACUCCGCCGCCGCGGCGAGGCUCUGUUUGCAGACAUUGGAGGCGAUGCAGACGGCUUUGAGGGAUUUGCACCCGGCGCACCGUGCGGUUUUGGAGGCUUACCUCUACGACACGGCCCUCUCUGUCGCCUACUAUUCCCCCCAAGACGUGCAGCUGGCCAGCAAGGCGGAAUCCUUCUUCCAGCAGGCAAGCCAGCGGUACUUGAAGCUGAAACACGUCAAUCGGUUCGCGAAGUGCUGCCUGCGGUACGGAUCGGUUUUGUUCCUGCAGAACCACCAUCACGAAGCAGAAUACUUCCUGCAGCAGGCUCUGAACAAGCUGACAAACUCCGGAGUGUCGUCUCUACUAGUCGUGUGCUACCACAAUCUCGCGGUCGAGACCGCCGUGCAGGACCGGUUGCCCGAUGCCGGUAGUCAUAUGCGGACCUACAUCUCGCUGUUGCGCCAGAUGUCGAAGCUGUCCAACCAGUGGAUCCAGAAGGCGGACAACACGCAGUGGCUGUUGCUGAAGCUAACGGAUCUCUGGCCGGCGCACCAAGCCAGGUUGAACGCCGGGAUGGUGUCGUGAGCGGAGCGGGGGAUCGACUGGAGAGAGUAGUAGACGAGAAAUCUACUUCUAAGAGUCAGAAAAUGACAAAGGGGAAAUGUAAAAAGUGGUAUAAUUUCAACAACAACAAACGAACCUGGAUACAGACGUGACGUACAAUCAGGACAUUACGGAAAAUUUCAGAAAAAUCGAAUGAAGCUGUACAAUAUGAGAUAGAGUCAGACAGAAAACGCAUAAGAAUGCAGAGUCAAGAGUUACCGUUUCGACGUUUCGAAAAAAUGCAGUUUUUAGUAUCAGACCAAAUAACGCAAGAUGCUUGAUCGUGCUCUUACGCACAGGCAGUAUCAAGCCUUGUUGGGAGCAUCUCACUUCGGAGGGCCCCAACUUGUUAAGAUUAGCAGAGAAUACAGAUCAGACUUUCCAAUUUUACAACUUGUUUAGCAGACUUAACAUUUCUUGUUUCUAUGAAUCACAACUUUCAGACAGUUUCAGUCUCGGUGAGGAGCUGAAACUCUAUCGAGAAUAAAAGUUUACCCAUUAGUUUCAGACACACGACAACGUCCGCAGUGUCAGACCGGACGAGCGAUUUCAGGUUUAUUGGUUUAUUGAUGCAUAACAGAUUUCCAAUAUUAGCAGUUGAUAUUUAUUCGAGCUUGAUGUCUGCCGCGACCGUUUCGUCGCAGCAGGCAAAAACAUUACUAUUCUAUCGCAGACACGAUUACGAUUUACCAAACCUAGAGAAAAUGGAAUGCUAGAUCACCAGCCAGAAGUCCAUCGUCUUUUGCGAAAGCGCGAUGACAUCGAUGUUUGUUAUACUUGUUUCCCGGCCGCAUCGCUCAGACGAUGUCAGUCACUAACGAAUAAAUUUGAUUUUACAGACGCCUGGAGCAGUAGUUUGUGUAUCUAUGACGAAAUUUGCAAUGUAGUCUUCAACAACUGUAUUGUGUGAGAAUCGGAAAUACGAAUGUCGUACGGAUUAGCAAUUUAGUUUUGAGCUGUUUUCUUAGCGUGAUAUCAGACCAGUUUUAUUAGAAAUCAGACAAUAUUAAUUUAGCAUUACCAGCACCACGUUCGAGCAAAUGAAAAAUUCUGUUACAAUAGGAUUGUUUUCUGUUUCUGAGACUUAUUCAAAAUGCUUUGAAUAUGAACAAACUUAAUUCGAUGCAAUUGUACAUAGUCAAUGAAG